AGUCUCAUUUCGGUCAGCUGUGUUAGCUGUGUGUGCGGGUAGUCGGUGUUCGCAGUGUUCGCUCCUGCGGCGUCAACGCGGUAUUUGUAAUGCUCAUCGCCACGGGUGUUCUGGUCCAGUUUUUGUUGGCGCUUCUCGUCACUCUCACCGAAGGCGUCACUUGGCACGAGUUGAAGGCGGCCCUGGGCAAGCGGAGGCACCUGCAGUGGGUGCGUGACCUGCAGCCUUUGGUCCAAGAUCAGCUGCUGUACGCAAGUGAACUCCCUUUGGCAGAGCAAGAGACCUUCCACGAUGUGCUGCGCAACAUUCUUGUGCCGCGCACUGUUGGCAGUCCGGGCCACAGGAAAGUACGACAGUUCCUCCAGCAGUCAAUGGAGCAACUCGACUGGCAUGUGGAGGAAGACAGAUUUGAAGCCCCAACACCUCAUGGCAACAAGGUUUUCAGCAACAUUGUCGCCACCUUGGACCCCUCAGCCUGUCAUCGCCUGGUGCUGGCCUGCCAUUAUGACUCUAUGGUCCACAAGCAUGGAGUGUUCCUAGGGGCCACUGACUCUGCGGUGCCCUGCGCCCAGCUGAUAUACUUGGCCACUGUUCUGAAUGACAAACUGCAGGAGCAGACCAGGCGGGGUGAUGGCUUGACAGUGCAGCUCAUCUUCUUCGAUGGCGAGGAGGCAUUUGUGCGCUGGAGCUCAAGUGACUCCCUGUACGGAUCACGACACUUGGCAUCCUUGUGGCACCGUAACAGCACCCAGGGCUACAACCUUGAAGGUUGCCUGCCUCGCUCCGACAUUGCCACCCAGAUCGAUCGCAUGGAGGUGAUGGUGCUCUUGGAUUUGCUGGGGGCAUCCGGGCCGCAAUUCUACAGCUACUUUGUUGACACCAGGCCUGUAUAUGACCGGCUGGUGGAUAUUGAGAGCCGGCUGAAUGACAUAGGUGCCAUGGAGACAAGGUGCAGCAGGUGCCGGACCACUUACUUCGUAAAUUCAUCACAGCUGGCCCUCAUUGAAGAUGACCACAUUCCAUUUUUAAGGAAAAAUGUGCCCAUUGUGCACGUGAUCCCCAGUCCCUUCCCGGACGUGUGGCACACAUUGGAGGACAAUGAAGACAAUCUAGACUAUCCGACCAUCAACAACCUGAACAAGAUAUUCAAAGCCUUUCUCACCGAAUACCUCCGCCUCUGAAUCACUUCGUAUUAUUAUUCCUAUUAUUCUUAUU